GGUCAAUCAUGAUAUCUUGCCCAGACUUGCCCAGAACAUGACCACACAACCAAUGUGGAAAGAAGGAGAAAUGUUUUGUUUCUUUAUUGUAUAAAAAUGCAAAACCUUCUUCAUUCAAUUAAAAAGGACCCAGAAGGCAGUGCAGGAAGUUUGGUAGCACCAUUAGGAAAGUUGUAAAGAUAGCAGAAACAGUCAGUAUUGUGUAUAUAGAUUUAAAAUUUGAAUGUUCAAAUUUAUAAUUUGAAGCUUAUAAAUUUUAUAGAGGUUUUUUAGGAUUGUGUGAUGUUAUAAUGCAGAUGAUGAUGAUGUGAUAACAUUGAUUCAUAUUAAAUUUUGAAAUAAAAAAUGUGGCAUUAUUUUUUUUUACCAUUGGCAAUUGGUUUGAAAAACACAAAAAUUACUAUGUUAGAAAUACUUAAAGAUGUCAAUUAUAUUUAUAUUAGCAAUAAUGUCAGUUAUUGAGAUAUUGGAAACCAGCAAACUCCAAUUAAACUACAUUUCUAUUCCACCUAGCUUAGGGAUAAAUUAUUGCCAAAGAUGUCAAAAAUAUUUACCAUGUAAUAUACUUACUGUUUUGUGUGUACUAUUGAGUAGAAACUGAGUAAGGUGUUAUGGGCAAUGGUUAUUUAAUUAAAAUAUGAUAAUUCAGUGAACAGAAAUAGCGAUAUGAAAAAAAAAACAGGUUGCCACUUUGAUAAAAUUAAAACCCCCUUCUCUAACCAGUAAGAAUUAUAUUUAUCUUUUGUGAAUCAGCCCCUACAAGGGACUACUUUGCAUAUUUCCUUAAUUUGGUCAGAAAUGGUGUUAAUAUUUAUAUAUAUUUAUUGAGUAUUUUUCUCGUCAAAACCAUUAUUGCACUUGUUUCAUUUCCAAAUGACGUUGCAGUUGAUUUUUUUAAAUUUAUAUUCAUAAAUACAGACACAACAGAUAAUCAUUGAAAACUAUUAUAGAUCAUUCCAAAAACUUUUUUGACUCCCUUCACAAAGCGGUUCCAUAAAUAAACAAUAUUGUCAUGAUUGAUUCGGCAGGCCUUUUUCCUGAGAGUGAGACCAGUUUGGAAAAAAUUUAGGGGUGACAACAAGCUAUAUAGAUAAAUAUGGUAUAUUUUGCAUCAGAGCAAUUUAAAAUUUCAAAGGUCCAAAUUAUAUAGACAAAGUAAUCCCAAUACAAACCCAUUUUUAUGCCCAACCCUGUAUGAUAUUUUAGGAUGAGAGGUAUCGACAAAAUAUAUGAUGACUUUCCUAUUUCAAACCACCAGGUACAGGUGGAACAUCUUGAAUAUUGCUAUAAUGACCCAAUAGUUCCCCAGAAACUAAAUUGCAAAAAAUUCAUGACCUUUGGUAAUUUUCAUACAAUUUACCGGUAGUUAUCAUUUGAUAUGGAAGUCACUCAAAAUCUAUGAAAAAUGCACAAUAUGUCAGCAAUUUAUAUCAACUGCAUAUAUUUACAACGAAAAAGGUAGAUCGUACUAAAAGCUAUAGAGAAGAGCACAAGUGAGGUAUUUCCAUUCUAAUCAAACUUUUAAACCAUCUUGUCAUUUCAGUGCUAGAAUGAGGCAAACAGUAAGAAAUUCUUGUAGAGGUCAGUCAGUUGCUUAAUGAUAUAUAUCUGACUUUUAUGUUUAAAGGAUAAAUUAUGUUUGAAUUGUUAUGAACAAAACUUUAAUUAUGAAUACAUUUUAUAUGCUAGGCUAACAACAUCGCAACACAUCAAAUAAUAAAUAAACAAACUGUUUAAAGAUGGCUAUUACCCAAAUACUGUAUUCAAUUCAAUGCAAUUAUAUUAAUACAAAAAUGACAAUAAAUGAGCUAACAAUUUUUAGAUAUUGUUAUUUAUGGUCCUGUGUUCAAUCUCAUUUUUAGUGUUUAUAUACUUAUAAUACUCAUACACACCCAAAAGUUCGCAGAUAAUACUGGAAAAAAGCUUGAUACAAGUAUUACUGUAUUAGACUACAACAUAAGUGUGAAGGUUAUAAAAUGUCAGGUUAAAUGUAGUUUAAUUCAAGAACUCGUGAUUAAAUAUGAUAAAAAUAGCCAAUGAAUAAUAUACAUGACAUAAGCCAACGAUCUUAAUCCAGUAUUUGGGCUGGGCGAACUAUUCACCUAUAACAGUAUAACUAAGUUUUUUUUCACGUGUACAAGCAUAAUACCGUACGCACCAAUUCAGUACAGCAGUACCGAUGAUUAUAUCCAGUCUAGCUGCUGGGCUGUGUAAACAGGUAUCGGCAUAUUUACCUUGUAAAAUCCAUUCUGCGCAGUUCCAACAUUCACGGCUAAAACUGAAACUUAUUUAAAAGGUACUCAACUUUCAUGGUCAAAAUACAAUAACUAAAAAUACCAAAACACAUGUGGAAUACUAAUUAAUACUUGUACUUCUUCAGCACACUCACAAUACCACGAAAACUACAAAAACUUUCCCCAGCGCCAGGUAAAAGACAGCGCCGACAGAAAGCAAUCGAAAGCCGGUCGCGUCACGGCGUGGUUAUGGUCUAUCCUCCAUUCUCUUUGAAUCGUGGUGUGCAGUCUAGCGUAUCUCGAAACUGAAGUGAAACAAAGAUGCCUUUUUCAUAAACAACAAAUCACAGAUAUCUCGAUUUCAAGUCGAUUCUUUUCAUCUCAUCUGAGGUAUUGGUACAAUAAAAAAUAAAAAUACGUAGAUGACGACAAAUGAUCUCACUCGAAAAAAGUCCCCUGAAAUGGCCCAGACUAUAUUUUGAAACAAAUAUAAAAACGACGGACAUUACCUUUUGCAGAAUAGUUAACAGUGAUCGUCCUAAAACACAGGUCCUGCUACAAGCGGUUUGGGAUAUACAGAAAUUUGUUUAACUGAACUGAGAACAUACUUAUAACAGAAAAGAUGACUAACUGUGAAAUAGCGAUGAUAUGUGUUUUGAUGUACCUACUCUUGGGAACUUCAACUGCCAAACCGUCAAGUCCAUCUGUUUUGUCGUGUAAAAAUAAUUUAUGCUAUCGAGGAGAUCAAAGAUUUUCCUGCCGAAAACAAGGACUGCUUUGUUGUGACGGGCCCAAUCCAGGAACCUUCCAAGUACUUUCUAUGAGGGACGGCUUCGAAUGUUGUCAAGGUUCUGGACGAAUGUACAACAUUCUUGAUCAAAUUUGUGUUCACGGUGCAAUACGAGCGCGAGCACCAGAAGAAUUAAAUUGCGGUAAGAACGUUUACAACACAACAUCACAAGUUUGUUGCAACGGAAACAUACAUAACAAGCACCCAGGUGGUGAAUGUUGCUUAGGAGAAUAUCUGACUGGGCCAGAUGAUUCUUGUUGUUCGGGGGUCAAAUAUAAAAAGUCAGAACAAACGUGCUGUCUUCAGACACACAACGACCCGCGUAGAAGAAGACAAAACUUGACGGCAUUACCGUACGGAAGGUGUUGCUUAGAUGUCCCAUACGACCCCCUGAAGCAAUCUUGUGACCAUACAGAACACGGUGCUCUACGAGUCAAUAACAAAACUAGUCCCGGUAUCAAAUCCUGCGGUAGUUCAAGAAAAGCUCCACUCUACGAUCCAAAGACGCAUGGUUGUUGCAUGGGGCCUCGACCACAAGUAUAUGACAUGUUUUCGUUUCUGUGUGCCAGCGGCAAGUUAUAUCAAAAAACAGAUCCGAAUCAAAAUGAUAUAUGUUUCCAUGCAGGGUCAGGAGGUGUUUCAGUAACCCCUUACACAAGAGAUGACAAAACGGUGUGCGUAAAUGGAGGAGUUUACAAUCUCGGUCCUCAAGAAGCGAUGUGCGGUUCCAGUAAAAUCUACAAUACAUCAGCUGAUUUGUGCUGCGGUUACAAAUUUUAUAAAGGUCUGAAACUAUUGGGAAACACCUGCUGCGACUCUGGAACCAACUAUUAUGACCCAGACACACAGAUUUGCUGCGUUAAUGAAGUCUCAGCUGCCGUUUCGUACAACAGUGGAGCAAGAUGCUGUCGGAAAAAACCUUACUAUCCAGAAACUCAUGAUUGUAACGGAGAUUCAGUGGAAAAAAUUCAAUGUCCUUUAUUCGAACAAAAAUGCACAAUCACGGCAGAAAAAAUCCAAGCUAUACGCGGAAAAGUUUAUGUGUACGUCGCAACUGUUGAAGAAAUAAUUCCACCAUCAAAACGAAAGACACAAAGGCAAUGGAAGUUGGGAAACAUGAAAUUAAUCAAGUCAAAACGAGGACAAAUAUCACUAAAACGCGUCAGAGGAAAAUCCCCUGUGACCCUCAAAUCCCGUAACUGCGACUGCGCCGAAUACGUCGAGGAAAACACAAGAUAUAUUUUUGUAACUCGCUCACCAGUGAGAAGUAAAAAACUUUCUAUUAAAAGUGACAUUUCGGCGAGUGAUUUUGUAAUUCCCAUUACUAAAAUUGAAGAAAUGGGAUUACUUUUAAAGGGACUUCUUGACGAAGAACGCACGUGACGGCUUAAGUAUCAGUAAAUGAGCGACUGCCGGUUUGUAUUCACGCCGCCGUACUAUGAACCAACAAACACGAAGGGAUGAAUAUAUAAUUCGUGUUAAUAUGAACAUAGUGAACUUCUGCGAAUACGAUUUGGUGAAUUGCUGUACCUGAGUUCCGCGCAAAGGAUUUCACUGUUGCUUUCCUUCUCAAUCGCCGCUGUAUCUUCAAAAUUAUACCGUCAGCAGUGUGCUUGAUAUUGAUCUCAAUGACUUUUCUGUGUUAUUUUCUAAAUCUUGAUAAAACCAUAGACCUUUUAUUUAAACUUUAAUUUUUCUACGUAUAUCUGGAUUUAUACAGCAUUUGCUUGAUAUGGUUGUUGCUUCUUGAUCUCUCACUCUUUCUACUAUUAUUUAUUAUUGAUGUUUCUCCCACAAACGGAAUUGAAUGUAAGUAUUUCAUAUGAAAUUAUUUAACUGCGACCAAAUAACGUCAAAUUAUUUGUUUUAAUAACAUAAAACAUACAAAAAAUGCAUGUGAUCAUGAAAUCUGAUUUUCUUGGACUCUGAAGAAUUUUGACCAACGCCAAGCUUUAUUAUUUCGAUUAUAAAACAAAGAGCUUAAAUAAAUUUAAUCAAUUUACUAUCCUGACUAAAAUUUUCCAAUUGGAUGAUUUAUUUCAGUUUGUGUUAAUGCUUUUAUUAUUUUUUCAACUGCCACCCAAUACUUAUUUAUCUAUUAUUAUUAUUAAGUAAUUCUCUUGCUACGUUUGCUAAAAAUAAAUUCUAAUCUUUUCGGUCGGUAUUGUAGGUAAAUUGCCCACUGCCUUGUGUAAGUUAUACACCUGACCGAAAAGACUUGAAAUUUAUUGUUAGCACUAUAUUUAUUUUUACAAAGCUAAAUUAAUAUAUUUCUCAUGUUGCUAAUCCAAAGGUCUAAAGUAGUCGUUCGACCUUGAAGUCGUAAAUUCUCAAAACUGUGAUACAAUAGAAGGAUGGUAUAUCUCAACCAAUAGUAGCUACCAAUACACUCUGAAAAUAUCCGUAAAUUAUUUGGUAUCGUAUGACUGGCCAAUUUUAGAUAGCUUUGGCUAAUUAUUGGCGAUAUGUGAAUCCAUAUGAUAUGCUUUGAUUAGUUCGUGUUUGGGCUAAAUCAGCACCAAAAAAUUAAUUUCUCUGAAUAGAGUUCUCUGUUCCAAAUUUAGAAUCAUCCUAAAUUCAGUUGCUUUGAUCAAAUUUCGACCAAAGAAACUUACGAUUUUAUUUUCGAAAUUUUGAGGCAAAAUUCUCCCAUUAAAAUAUUGUUUUUAAUGAUUCAUUUUUUCUGUCGUCCGUUGUGCUGCUUAAUCAAUAAUUUUUCUAUAUUAUUCAUAUUUUUCAAAUGGUACUUUUUGGUAAUUUUCGCACUUUUGCAUCUAUUUAUUUAUUCAACAAAGUUUUUUACAUGCU